CGGAACUCGGGGGUGUGAAUGAGCUGAGACUCACGGCUGGUUGGAGAGCUGGUGACAAAACACUCUGGAUUUGCCCCUCAAAACGCCGAGCAAGGACCGGACGGACACUCACUCAAACUGCUUAAAUUCCUCAGCAGCGUUUAUCCUCGAAAGUAACUGGGGAGCCUCUACCAUUUCAAGAGAGAGACCUGGAAGUGGCCAAACAAUGGACACAGAGAGCGUGUUUUAACCGCUGAAUGUUCACGGAACGGGACUGAUGUUUUGCAAAGACUACUGCUGCUGCUGCACGGGCCGGGCCGUGGAGCCACAAAGCGAGGAGAAGGACAAGAGAAGUCAAAGAGACAGCGCUCAACAAAGGAGGGCAAAGCAGGACGCGUGUGUGUGUGCAGAGAAGCAGUGCCCUAGAUCAGUAUAACAUCUGAGUUACUCUGUCAUUCAGACUCCUUUCAUGCUGUCUCAGGCAGCAGUUUCUCAACCCGCACCUGGAAAAACAAAGAGAAUGUGUUCAGUGGCAGCACAUCUCCAUGCGUAAAUGGAGACGCAUCGGUGCGUAUUCGCUGUACUUUUUCAUAAUGCGUACAAUAAAUUAUGUUUGUUUUGUCACUAACUCAUGCCCUGUCCCAUGACCACACCGGUAUAGAUGCAUUAUAGACUUCCUCAUACUUCAUAUCUGCCAUGAGUGAUGGCGAUGCCUGCAGAAUCUGACAGUACCGGUGCGCAAAGCAGCACUCAUGAAAAAAGCUACAGCGCACAGGAUCGCAAUGGUUAUGUGAAAACAUGUGUCAUCCCACUGUGCCGUGACCGAGAUUACGAGUCGUGGGUGAGGCUAAUGUUCACAAAAAUAUGGAGUUCCCAGAGACUCCGGAGUGCAGUGUGUGCGGGGUCGCUUUCUGUUUUUCUCGCUCUGUUGGUCAAAUGUGCAGACUGGAAAGCUGAAGGCAGCAGCAGCAGCAGCAGCAGCAGCAGCGCUGACAACACACUCUCGCAUUCAUCGUCUCCCCUUCACUUCGUUUCAGGCUGCGCGGCGGAGCUGUUGCAAACUUGCUGGAGUGUGGUUUCGCCAUUGUUCACCCUCGUAUGUGCCUUCUUUUGGGUCGGUGUCUACUUGAUCCGCUGCGGGGUUCUAAUCCAGACCGCCCUCUCCCUCCUAACCUUGUGCCACCUGGGCGAAACAGCGGCGUGGUCUCUCCUAGAUGGGACAGAUGAUCAGCUGUUUUCAUUCACGACAGCAGCCGUGGUCGUGCUCAUCUGCGUGGCCACCGGCGCACUCAUGGUAGCACGGCUGAAUCAGGGCAUAUCUGUGAUCCUUUUCAUCAGCAUUGUCAGGACUAUCUCACUCUUCUCGCUGCACAAAGUACGGGCCACUUGGAGACCGUACGUAGCGUACCUGGUUGGAGUGCUGGGCAUCCUGCUGGCGAGGUAUGCUGACAAGCUCCUUCCCAACGAAGGGAGACACAAGGAGGGCUGCACCCCCGUGACUGGAGCCAGGGAAGAGAUCCCUGUAUUUAAAAGGCGCAGGAGGUCCAGUUCUGUGAUAGCCUCAGACAUGGCACACAGUCAGUCCAACAGUAAGUCACAUCGCCGGACCUCUCUGCCAUGCAUCCAGAGGGACCAGAUGCUCCCCCGCUCAGACUGGGACCACAAAAGAGGCUCCCGAGGAUCGCAGUCAUCAGGCACCACUGUCAUGGUGGACAUAGCAGUCAUGGGAGAAGCCCACGGACUAAUCACAGACCUGCUGGCUGACCCCUCUCUACCCCCCAACAUCUGCACCUCACUGCGUGCAGUCAGCAACCUGCUAACCACCCAGCUCACCUUCCAGCCGCUGCACCGGCCACGCCCUGCUCCCCUGCUUAACCCCAGCGAUGCCUACAACCUCUCCGACUCAGAGGACGGACCUGAGAAAGGAGAGAAGAUAUCCAUCCACAAGCGUCUGAGGCGGAGUCUCCACCCUGGUCUUCUGAGGAGGAUCUCUUCCACAUGGACCACGACCACCUCCGCCACAGGCCUGCCUACCAUCGAGCCUGGGCCUGUCCGACGAGACCGCAGCGCCAGCAUCAAACCCUACCAUGAAACACUCACAUGCAGCUGUGGGAGACCAUACAUCAAACUGAUCCAUGGGGAGGGCUCAAUAGACAAGGGAGACAGGAUACCCCGGUCAGCAGAGGACCAAGUGGUUGUGUCAUCAGACUAUGACAGCACACAUGAAGCCAAUCACAGUGAUAGCAGUGAUGUAGCACAUACAGAGGGGGACACAGAGGAAGGAAAAAACCCUGCCCAGAAUGUCAUCCUUCACCCACUAAUACCUCCUGAGGACAAACCAAUUCUGGCUCCAGAGCCGUUACUAAUGGAGGACUUAGAGCCUUUGAUGAGUCAGCUAAACAAUUGGAACUUCCCCAUCUUCAGCUUGAUGGAGAAGACCAAUGGGAAAUGUGGACGGAUCCUCAGUCAGGUCUCCUACAGGCUCUUUGAAGACACUGGCUUGUUUGAGACCUUCAAGAUCCCUGUAAAAGAAUUCAUGAACUACUUCCAUGCCCUUGAGAAUGGUUACAGAGACAUACCAUAUCACAACAGGGUCCACGCCACAGAUGUGCUUCAUGCAGUCUGGUACCUCACCACGCAGGCUGUGCCUGGUCUGCCCAGCCUCAUUACUGACCACAGCUCGGCUAGUGACUCAGACUCCGACAGUGGAAUAACACACAGUCAUAUGGGCUUCCUGGUUUCAAAGACCUACACUGUGUCCGAAGAUGGUUAUGGCUGCCUGUCAGGCCUCAUACCUGCUCUGGAGCUCAUGGCCCUUUAUGUGGCUGCCGCAAUGCACGACUACGAUCACCCCGGGCGGACCAAUGCUUUCCUCGUGGCUACCAGCGCCCCACAGGCAGUGCUCUACAAUGAUCGAUCCGUCCUGGAAAACCACCACGCUGCCUCAGCCUGGAACCUCUUCAUGUCUCGGCCAGAGUUCAACUUCCUCGUCAACCUGGACCACGUGGAGUUCAAGCGUUUCCGUUUCCUGGUCAUUGAAGCCAUUCUGGCCACUGAUCUGAAGAAGCACUUUGACUUUCUUGCAGAGUUUAAUGCCAAGGUGGGUGAUGAUCCAUCCACAGGUAUUGAUUGGACUAAUGAGAACGACAGGUUGCUGGUCUGCCAGAUGUGCAUUAAACUGGCUGACAUCAAUGGGCCUCUGAAGUGCAAAGACCUGCAUCUGCAGUGGACAGAGGGCAUUGUCAACGAGUUCUAUGAACAGGGCGAUGAGGAGUCCAGCCUGGGCCUCCCCAUCAGUCCCUUUAUGGACCGAGCGGCACCACAGUUGGCCAAACUCCAGGAAUCUUUUAUCACACACAUCGUGGGACCGCUGUGCAACUCCUACGACUCAGCCUGCCUCAUACCUGGACGAUGGGUGGAACCCAACCCAGAAGCAGACGAGCCGGAGAUCAUGGAGAAUGAGGAGGAGGAGGAGGAGGAGGAGGAGGAGGAGGAUACUGCAGAGGAAGACACAUCCACCAGCUCAGAAGCAUCACAGAAAGGAGCUCCCAAGAAGAGGAGGAAAGUUUUCUGCCACAUCACCCAGCACCUGCUGGAGAACCACGAGAUGUGGAAGAAGGUGAUCGCAGAGGAGGCCCAGAAACAGGGUCAAGGAGCAGAGUCUGUCCAUUUAAACAAUGUAGCUGAGCCAAUCCUGGCUAUUCAUGAGGAGGAAGAGGAGCCAGGCAGCAGAGAGGAGCUAGUAGAAGGAGAGGAUCCAGAGGAGAGCGUGGAGGAACCAGAGUGGCCAGUGUCUCCGCAAGAAGACUCUAAACCUCCAGAGGAACUAGCGGAGGGAGACCCACAGUGAACAAGCCCAUGGGAAAUAUGGAGUUGGUCAGGACAAGGACGUGAAGAAGUAUUUCUUGUUUUCUUAUCCUAUCAACUGACUUGACGUUUUUUGCCAGCACAUCACUUAGACACAACACUGUAGAUGUUUGGGAAAUGUGUGCCUAUACAUAAAAAAGAAAAAAAAAAACAGGGUGGGGAAAUUUGUGCUUUACAUAUUUUAUCUGAAUAUCUGGUUUCACCAAACAUUUAAAGGAGCUUUCCAUAUUGCAAUACAGGAUUAUUUGUGUACUUUGGGAUACAGACUCUUUUGCUACUGUCAAGAGAAGAGGAAGACUGGUUGCACAGACCUCAAAUCAAUGUGGUAACACGGGACUGCAGAAAUUUGCUGCCAAUUUAUACAUAAUUAUUUUCUGAAUGCAAUUAUAUAUAGACAUCACAGUUACUUGUACUUGUGUUUCAAUUUGAGCAGUUUUUGAGGUCUCUAAAGGGAGUAAAUCAAAUGAGGAACAUUGGCGUAUCUUUCUUCCUUUCUAUGUCUGCCUACGAAAUCUAAUAAUUUUUCAUUUUGUGUCUUACAUUUGUUGCCAAACUAAGUACUUUACACCAUUUUGUGUAGCUAUAUGAGUUUAAGGAAGGAGACUUGAGGCUCCUCACUCUCUGUAUGUGUGUGUGUGUGUUUGUGUGUGUGUGUCUGCGUGUUUAAAUUAGUGCACUUCAAUGCACAAUUCGUCUGCAGAGCACAUAGAUAUAUUCAGCAGAUUACCUGUUAGUGUUUCUCUCUGGUCUCCAGUCCCAAUUCAAAUAUAGUGGACAUUAAAGGGUUCAGUGGCCCAAGUGUUGUAGUCCUGAGGCCUGCACUUACAUAGUACACAGUACAGCAUGUACUAACACUACCAAAGUGUUAGGAAAAAAGGAAAAAUCAGGUAACCAUGCAUUCAUAAAACAUGAUAAAGAACCAGAACCUGUUAAACAAAAAUCUCCCAGGUAAAUAAAAUGUAUAACCCGACAAAGUUCUUUGAAAACAUCGCAUACGUACACAAACCAAUACAGUGUCCUUUGUCUUUUCUAUCAAUUUUUGACUAUGUACUUAGGCUCAGUGUGCUGUAUUAUACUCUAUACUUACUGUUCCUCAAUAUGUAAAAACCCGUGAAUGAUGCUGACCUUUAACCCUCAGGAAAACCUCGACUGUAGAAAUUCAAAGUAUACAUCUGUAUCACCUGUGAGGACAGUAAGUUAGAAAAAUAUGCAGGGAUAGCAAGCUAAUUUAGAAUAUGCUUAGAACAAGACUGCAGUUUAUGUCACACACACACACACCAAGCUUUCCUGCUUUCUCUAACAUCUUUGCGGAUAAAAACACAGUGAAUCCAUGUGAAUUUUUCUCCCGGCACCUCAGGGAGACAUUCAUUCACUCAGAGUUGAGGGCAGAUGGGACUCCAGAGUGCACUGGUUCUUCUGCGAAGUGAAAGUCCAAUCUGAUAAAUCACAUCUGUUACUGUGAUGACACACAGGGAAAUUAUUCAUACUAGGGACGUUUAUUUUUCUUCAUAUAAGAAAUAUGUAGCUUGAAAUCUGGCAAAAGACUGAGCUAUGAUCAACAUAAACAUCAGUGACCUGAAAAUAUUCUCAGUGGUGGUUGCAAGUAUGUGCUAACUGUAGCUGUUUGAUCCCAGUAGAAAAUAUUGUUCUUUAUUUAAUGAAGCUGAUAUGCAGUGGAUAAUCUUGCAAAAGUUACAUUUUCAAUCAUGACCAACAGAAAGAACGACAAAUGUUCUGUCACUCCUACUUAAAAAGUUUGUGUACCAUGACAUUUUCAUGGUGGGAAAUAACUCCAUUAGUAGCACAACGUGAUUAUAAUCAGACAUGAUAUACUUAUAACACACACCUUUAGGUCACUGCUUCACAAUAACUGUGAAACGUGAUUACUAUGAUUCAAAACAUGCUUUAUUAAUGGAAUUUACACUAUUAUCAUGUUACAUAUUACUAUGUUAAAGGUCAGCCCCUACUUUCGUCUGAGAAAAAGCCAUGAGGUAAACCAAUUACUGUUUAUAUCCAACUCCACACUAGCUUGAGUAGAAUAAUGUCUCUGAUGAAUAAGUCAAGUGCUCUACACAGAGUUGGCGGCUCAACUUUCUGUCACAUGUGAGUGCAGUGAGGUAACAUGCAAUGAAUUAUCCACUACUAAUCUUGUCGAGUUCUCAUGACCUACAUGCCUACAUGUAUCUCUUAUAAACUGGUACAGUAUCUCAUCUCGUGCUGUACCCCUACGCCAUUCCAUAAUCUAAUUUUGGUUUUUAAAACUGAACAGCACACAUGUCAGCAUGCAGGCAGGACAUGAUAAAGUGAUUACAUUGUUAGAUACAGGUUUUGAACAUCAUGUCCUUCCAUUAAUGUGCUCUAUUACUACACAAUGUUCCUAGCUGGGGUGAAUAGCACACAACAGCCAUAAUGGUUUGUUUACUGCUGACUACAGUGGGAGAGGAGGAUCUAUUGCAGCUCAGUUGAGGAUAAUUGUUGACCUACUGAUUAGAACAGCAUUAGACAGAGAAUUAUUUCCCACAAACCCUAUAUGUGACCAAACUUGUUAGGAGUCACUGAAUCAGAACAUUUUUUUUUUCUUCCUGGACCUCUAAUGACCACGUGUGGCCUCAUUCAUUGUGUCUCGAGCACAACAUGCCUGCUGUUUUCUGUGUGUUGCCUGAAGUUCAUCCUUAAUGAAAUGUAAUCAUCAUUACAGACACAAUGGAGACAUUUUUUUCAGCUUUUGAUGGCGUUAUAUAGGCAGGUUAUUCAGUGCAACCCAGACUUCUGUCAUUAAAGUGGUCCAGAAUAAUAAAAAAAAACACGUUUUAUUUCUAUGAUCCAUUGGGAUGAUGUAACCUCUACAGUAUUUCAAGCUUCUAACUCAAAGUCUCCAAAGCCACUGCUUUGUGAAUGUAUAAAUACAGUAUACAGUGUGUGUGUGUGUGUGUGUGUGUGUGUGUGUGUGUGUGUGUGUGUGUGUGUUUGAGAGAGAGAGAGAGCAAAAGAGUGUGUUUGUGUCUAUUUGAAUUCUUCCAUUGGCCUCUCUAAUGUGACUCUGUCCUGUAUUUGACUAGCUUUUACUGUUCAGUAGAGGGGGGUGCUACUUUUACUCGCAUGUAGAGGUGGUGAAAUACUGAAGGGUAAAGUGAUGCAGUAAGUCAUUCUUCAAUUCUCCUCAGACGAAAUUGUUAUUCACAGAAGGUCCUAUACCAUAUUUCUCCUUGCGCUUCCUGUUUGAUCUGCCGACUACUUAGGCUGCAGAUCAGACAUCCUCACUGGCAACAGCAGCAAAGCAUUCAUCACACAACAUCUCUCAUCUUUAGAGCUGAUGCGAUUCUGUCCACUGUGUUAGUUGGUUGGUGUUCUCAUUUUCUUUAGAGUGGACUAUGUGUAUGCAUUUUGCCCCCCGUCCAUCAGUCAACAGUAUAUCAGUUUUGAUCGUGUAUUUUUCACAUCUUAAUUGAUUUUGUUUGUCAUACUUAUUCACACAUGUAGCAUAAUUGUAAUCAUGGGAACCAAACAAGCUUUACAAUUAUGUAAAAAAAAAAAAUAAUUAUAAUAAUAAUAAUAAUGAGAUGAGUAUUUUUAUAUAGUUGACACAUUAUUAAAUAAUUGCUUUCUUCUCACUAGUACCUUGCACUUACCACAUGUACUAAUACUUACACAAGGAAGAAUAUGUCCAAAUACACAGUAUUUGUGAAAGUAAAAUAAUUAAUUUUCUUGCAGGUUGAUGCUCCAUUUUGUACAAUAUACAUAUAUGCUGUACAGUAAAGAAAUUUUAAAACUACAAAAACUCUUUUAGAUAUACAUUAUUUAUUUUUACCAUUUUGUAAUUUAGACACUAUACUGUAGCUUCAAUAUUGCCAGACUUACUGGAAGUGCCUAUAUUGGUAUUAUGUAUCAUACAGUGAAUAUAUUUGAAGAUCAUUAGAAGUUGUCACAAACUGAACCAUGUGGAUGUUGUAAUGUGAAUACAUUGAAUUACAAGAAUAUAAUUUCUGUGGUAUCCCUG